AUGAUUUCUUUUGGUUUUGGUUUCGGUGUCAUGGUUGCUGUUUUCCUCUUUUUCAGAGUUUCCGGUGGUAACUUGAACCCAGCUGUCACUUUGACUCUUGUCUUGGCCGGUGCCGUUCCACCUAUCAGAGGUGCCUUGAUGAUGCUUUCUCAAAUGGUUGCUGGUAUGGCUGCUGCUGGUGCCGCUUCUGCCAUGACCCCAGGCCCAAUUGCCUUUGCCAACAGUUUGGGUGGUGGUUGCUCCAAGUCUAGAGGUGUCUUUAUUGAAGCCUUUGCCACUGCUCUCUUGUGUAUCACCGUCUUGUUGAUGGCUGUUGAAAAGCACAGAGCUACCUUUAUUGCUCCAUUUGCCAUUGGUAUCUCUCUUUUCUUGGGACAUUUGAUUUCUGUCUACUACACUGGUGCUGGUUUGAACCCAGCCAGAUCCUUUGGUCCAUGUAUUGCUGCUGCUUCUUUCCCUAACUACCACUGGAUUUACUGGGUUGGUCCAUUUUUGGGUUCUUUAAUUGCCUUUGGUAUUUGGAAGAUUUUCAAGGUUUUGGACUACGAAACCUGUAACCCAGGUCAAGAUGCUGAUCAUUAA